GGGUGGGGAUAAUAUGGAGGAGUUUCCGGCAGGCCCCGGCGGUGAAAGCCGGGGCGGGCGUGCUGGUACUGGUCCAGGUUCUUGUCCCGGUUCCGCCGAGGUAGUGACUGCGGUAGGAGGAAGGAGGUGUUGGACACGGUGGCCCACCGCAGCUAUAUAUUGCAGCCUUAUCUCAGCUCAAAAUGAACUAUAUGCCAGGCACCGCCAGCCUCAUCGAGGAUAUCGACAAAAAGCACUUGGUCCUUCUUCGAGAUGGAAGGACGCUUAUAGGCUUUUUGAGAAGCAUUGAUCAGUUUGCUAAUUUAGUGCUACAUCAGACUGUGGAGCGUAUUCAUGUGGGCAAAAAAUACGGUGAUAUUCCUCGAGGGAUUUUUGUGGUCAGAGGAGAAAAUGUGGUCCUACUAGGAGAAAUAGACUUGGAAAAGGAGAGUGACACACCCCUUCAGCAAGUGUCUAUUGAAGAAAUUCUAGAAGAACAAAGGGUAGAACAGCAGACCAAGCUGGAAGCCGAGAAGCUCAAAGUUCAGGCUCUUAAGGAUCGAGGUCUCUCCAUUCCUCGAGCAGAUACUCUUGAUGAGUAUUAGGUCUUUUGCUCAGAGGCUAUUGCUCUUAGGGAGCAGGUGCUGUCACCGAAUCAAAGUGGCAUUCUGGUCACCUCACACAUUUGACUAGAGACUGUAGAAUUUUGACAAGUCAUUUUUCUUUUGAAUUCUUUCACAUAGUCAACGUGAAGAAAUAACAUGGCUUAUUUUUCCCCUUUUUAAUAACAAAAUAAUUGUUUAAAGAAGCAGUGGGGUGGACUCCCUUCACACAUCACUAUGGAGCCAGCAGCUACUUCUUACAUUGCUCUUCUCAUCCCAAAUUAGAGUUUACAGGGGACAUUCUUCAUUUGCUUGUAAAUAAAAUAUGAAUCUCAAAACUCA